AUGCCACCGUCGACUUCUCCCUUCACUGAGGGGAGUUGCAGUGCAAACGGCUUCGCUUGUCAGCAUGUGCCCCACCCAUCCCGGGGCGAGCAUGAACGUAGUACUCGUAAAGAUGGAGCAGUCUGUUCCAGCGACCCGGAUGGUGAAGAUGUAACACGCUCGAGCAACGCUCGUGCUACUGUCCCCAACGACGACUACGAGACUACUCCUAUAGACGCCAUCACCUUGCCGAAGAGGUGCUCGUCCUGCUAA